UUUAGUAUCCUUUUGAUCAUUAUUGUUACAUUGUGAUAAUUGGGAAAUGGAAAGAGAAGAAGGCGUGGUGGUGCGGGGACGUGUGGAGAUUGAUAUGCGGCAGCCUUUUCGGUCCGUAAAGGAAGCAGUUAUGUUGUUUGGGGAAAAGGUUUUGGCUGGAGAAAUUCAUGCUAAGCAACUUCAACAGAGCAAGGCAAGUAGUACCGGUGGACAAAACCAAUUUAAGUUUGGAACAGCGCGAGUUGAGCUUGAAGAGACAAAGCAAAGCCUCCAGAAAGCUAAAGAAGAAGGAGAUUUCAUGGCGCGUUGCCUUCAAUCUCUUAGAGAAGAGCUGGAACAAACUAGAAGAGAGAUACAACAGUUGAAGAGUACAAAAGACGUAGUACCCGAGAAGAAAGUACCGUUAACGGAUUUUGAUGAUGAUGAGAUUCAUGAAGAGCUAAAAUUCAUUGAGCAACCAGUUGAAGUUAAAACACAAACCGGAGAGGAGGAGGAGGAGGAGGAGAUCGAGUUCGAAAAGAAGAGGUCUGUCAAGUUUGCUAGUCCUCCAUUGCUUACUAAGAUCAUUGCUGUCAACAAGGAAGAAUAUCAUGUUAAGAAGAAAGAAACAGGUGAGAAAAGCCCUUCACACCUCAAGAAGAAAUUGAAGAGGAACCUUUAA